AUGUCAACUUCAUCGACGUCCAGCAUCUUCGACCGCAUGAUCGCCAACCGCGAGUUUGAUGCCUGCGAGCUGUCAGCCUCGGAAUAUAUCACCCGCCACGUCGCGGGUGAUCGGUCCUUUGUCGCCAUCCCCGUCUUUGCGUCGCGCGCGUUCCGACACAGCUUUAUCUGCGCCAACAGCAACAAGAUCAAGGAACCGAAAGACCUCAAUGGCAAGCGCAUCGGCGUGCAGCUGUACACCCAUGACGGCGGCCGUCUGGAUCCGCGGCGUGCUGCAGCACGAGUACGGCGUCGAUCUGUCGACGAUCGAAUGGGUGGAGGGCAAGAUGGAGGGACCGGGAUCGCACGGCAAGCCGUCGGCGCUGCCUCUUUUCUUUUCUCUGUCUUUCUCUUUUCUCCUUCCAUCUUAGGGAGUUUCAAGUAUCAAGCCAGGAACCUUCUUCCGCACAAUGUCUCCCAAACGUGCCUGCGACUGCUGCAACAUCCGCAAAGUCCGCUGCAAUGGCGUGCAGGUGCCACCGCUGCAUCGCCAACGGCCUCGGACACCUAUCUGCGCCAGCGCCGCAAGAGCGGGCCUCGCAGUCUGCGCCAGUCCUCCAUGCAGAAGAUCUGGAAGGAGCAGAUGUCUGCCGUCGAACAGCUUCAGCAGCCCAACGACCUGGCCAGAAGAAGCCCCGCUGGCCUCGCCGCCCGCACCCCCGUCCACCCGACGCAUCUCUCUCACCGUCCUGCGCAUCGUCCUCGCCCUCUACAAGGAAAAACUACCGUCACGCACGACUCGCUGCCCGAGCCCAUGACCGCGCACUCGUUCGCCCAGGAGGCGCGACGCGUGCGGACGACAUUCGAUUACAUGGAGCCCGUCUCCCUUAACACGGUCUUGACGUCGUACUUCCUGCACUUCUACUACGCCAAGCAGCCCUCGCGCGCGCAGACGGCCGCCUUCUACAUCCGCGAGGCCAUCUCCUUUGCGCAGCUGCUGGGCAUGCACACGGAGGAGGCAUACUUCCAGCAUUCGGUAAGGGAUCAGAAGAUCAUGCGCAAGCUGUAUUUCCUGCUGUUCAUGACGGAGCGCUACCUGUACAUCCAGUACGGGCUGCCCACGGUGCUUGAACCUAUUACCCUGCCGACGAUGGACCACGAAGACCUGCCCGACGUGGUGUCAGGGUUUUUCCGAUCACCAUUGAUAAUCCAAACGGCCCUAUCAGAGAUCCUGUCUCACCCAGGCUGGGCCCUCCAUCAUACCAGCCCCACCUGCCAGUAA